AUGGUUUACGGGAGUGAUAAGGUCUACGCACAGCAAGCAUCAACUACUUUGACUGUAACUACUACUAUUCCUGCCACUACAGAGACUCGAGGUCCAGGAGUUACUACAACUACAAUAGUUGCACCUCUUCCCACUUCAACUGUUACAGUUACAUUCAGCUCAACCACUCGUUACGAGACGUACACUGAAACCACCACAUCACCAACAGCCACCGAAACCACAACUGCUACUUCCACCGAAAGGACUCCUGGCGUACCAUCUCCAACUCCUACUGGUGCUGCUGUUCCAUUAUUUUCCAUUGCUGUCUGGCAAAUCAUGAGCGGAGGUUUGGUAGCUACGGCUGCAGGAUUCUUCUUGCUGGGAUGA